CUCCAACCCUCCUCGUUUCUCAUCCGGGCUGUCAGAUGGCGCAAAUUCUACAGCAUCAUCGAUGUCCUCAAAAAGAUCGUGGACCCGAAGGAUCGUGCCAACCUCUUUAACAGCGUAGUGUUGAAGGCAAUGACGUACGGAUGCGAAACGUGGGCACCGACGAAGAGAGCAAUGGAACGGAGGAUACUUGGAAUAUCUCUUCGUGACCUGAGCAAGAUCCGUUGGGCAGGCCACGUCGCACGUCUCGAUGACAACCGAUGGACCUCGCGCAUUGUAGAAUGGUACCCGAGAGAAAGAAAACGACCACUGGGGCGACCUCCGAUGAGGUGGCGGACGAACGCGGAGGAAAUAGCAGGAAAGAACUGGAUACAAACUUCAAAGGACAAAACUGGGGUACCAUUUAGGCAGGCAACGCUUCCAUGGUAUUUAAGCGCCUGCAGAGCAUAG